AUGUUCCUGAAUUGGAGAAUGAGGAGGAGGUUUAGGGAGUUUUCUAAAGAGAAGCAGGCUGAUAAGCAGGAUUUUCCAUCUGAGAAUGGUUCUUUUUACAUUGAACAUAAUUUUGUCAAUAGGAGAGGAUCUGGUUUCUCGUUGGAUGAUGAGCUUGGUUUAAUAAGAAGGACUGAUCCUCCUGAUAAAGGAUACUCUUCUGAUGUGGAUGCUCUGCAAAGUACUGUAAGAGUAAGAAGGGCUCAGCAGAAGGAUGGUUUUUCAGAUGAAUCUGAAGGUAGCCUGAAGGUUUCUUAUUCGGUGGAGGCUUCUACCAGACGUAGAUCUGGAGGUAAUUUUUCUUCCCAAUUUCGAUGA